AAUAUAUUUGAUGUAUCUAUGAAUAGUUUUAUUUAUACAGCUGUUAAAAAUUUUCAAAAAAAAUAUAAAAUGGAUAAUAUCUUAGUAUCAUUACAAUCUUUAACAGAUGCCGAUUAUUUAGAACAACAACAAAAACAAACAGUUAAUAAUGAUUCUGAAAAAGUUAUUUGUGAUCAUACAACAUAUGUUAAUAAUACAUCUUCGAAAAAUUCUAUAAGUGAUUAUAAUAUAUGUGUCAAUAAGUCAACAAAUGAAUUAACAAGUUGUAAUAAUAAUAAUAAUAAUAAUAAUAAUAAAACAUUAGAAAAGUCAGAAAUAUCUGGAAAUGAAAUUAUAUGUCAGGAGAGCAUUCCAAAUAAUAAUAAAAUAAAUAAAAUGAACAACAGUACUAUUAAUAAUAAUAAUUAUAAUAAUAAGGUCAAUAGUAAUCUUUUUAGUAAUAACUAUUGUGUGAAAAAUAAUCCAAAUCAUGAAGAUUUUUUAAAUAAAGAAUUAAAUAAUUUCUUUAUUUCACAUAAUCAAAAUAAAGGUAAUAAACACUCCUUUAUUGAUAUUAUAUAUAAUGAUAUUAAUUUUGAUAAUAUAUAUACAGAUGAAAUAAUUAAUUCUUUGUUUUAUUUCUUUAAUAAUCCUUAUCUUAUUUUUACCUUUCAUAAAAAUGUGCUAUAUUAUAUUGAGAAAAAAAGUAGAGAUGCGAAUUUUUUUCAUUCUUAUAAAAAUGCCAUUGCUUUAAUUAAAUAUUUAAAUUAUUGUGUAACUAAGAUUUCUAUAAUUUUCCAUAUUUUUGUAAGCGCAGGAUUAUUCUUUAAUAAACAUAUUAUGUUAAUAGAAUCUAAUAAAUAUCUAAACUUUUAUAAACUAUUAAACUUUGAUAAUCUUCUUGUAGAUUCAGAUAUGUAUGAUCAAAAAAAGAAAAAAAAACAUAAUCCAUGCGAAUAUAAUAAUAAAAGGAAUAAUAGCAUAUAUAAUGUAUCAAAACGUCGUACCAAAAAAAAUGUGGAAUCAUUUGAUACUUUAAAUGAUAGUAGUUCAUAUAAUGAUGACAGUAUUAAUGAUAAUGAACUGGUAGUACAUAGUAAUCCAUUCGAUAAAAAGAAUUACGGAAAUUUAAAAGAUAAUAAAUUUUAUGAUUUUAAUAUUAUAAAAUAUUUAAUGAAAUAUAAAAAUGUUGUUAGUAAUUUAAAUCAGGAUCAUUUUAAUAAAAAGGAUUAUUCCAAUGAAAGUGAAGGAGAGGUUGAUAAUUUUAUUAAUUUAGGUCAUUCAAAUGUAAAUAGUAGAGGUAGUUACACAAGUAGUCAAUAUAAUAAAGGUGAUGUAACUAAUUCUUCUUAUGAUAAUUCUAAUUCAUAUUCUGAUGAGGAUUAUAGUAAUAGUGAUACAAGUAAAUUUGAAGAAAAUAGACAUAAUAAGCAUUCAUAUAAGAAUGAUAAAUAUAACAAAUCAAGUGAUGAUUAUGAAAAUGAUAGUAGUAGUUCAAAUAAUAAUAAUAAUACAUAUAGUGAUGAUAAUUUCAAUAGUUAUAAUACAAAUAGAAGAAAUACACAAAGAAAAAGUAAAAAGUUGAACAAGGAAAGGUUCGAAAAAAAGAAUAAAAAAAUAAAUGAAGAAGAUUCUACAAUGUCAGAUGAAUAUAAUAUGAAUAAUGGUUUAUAUUCAAAUGAGUAUACUAAUAGAAGUAUAUUUAAUGAUAUAUUACAUAAAGCAAAAAAACGAAAACGAUUUUAUGACUUAAUAAGUAAUAUAAAUAGAAUGAAAAAUACAUUUAAUGUUAAUAAUAUUAAUAAAAAUAAAAGUAUUGAUUUUAAUUAUAUAGAAAAUAUUGAUACUAUAUCAUAUUUUAUAAGUAUAUAUAAUUCAGAACAUAUUUUCCAAUUUGAUUAUUAUUUUUUAAAAUUUAUUGCAGAAAUAUGUACAACAUAUAAUAAUUAUAUUAAAUCAUAUUUAAUUAAUAUAAAUAAUAAUAGUAAUCUUAAAUAUAAAAGAGAAUAUUUAGAUAAAAUAAUAAAUCAAAUAGAAAAUUUUUUAAAUGAAGUAACUAAAUUAAUAUAUAUAUAUACAUGGUGUAUUUUAUAUAUAUUUGGUCAUUCCUAUUCUUAUGUAAAGUAUGCAAAAUAUUUUUAUCAGAAGAAAUCUUUUUUCUUAUUAGAUAAAAAACCACAUUUUAUAUUUAAUCAGUUUAGUUAUAUUACUCAAGAGUCUGAUAAUAUUUCAAAUAAUAAUAUAAAUGAAAAGAAUGAUAUAUAUAAAAACCAAAAUAAUAAUAAUAUAAAUAAUGAAGAAGAACAUUUUGAUUAUCGUAAACAUUUAUAUAAUAAUUAUAAUGAUGAUAUACCUAUGAACCAUUUUUUUAAUCCAAGUAAUAUUGUAGAAAAUUUAAAAUAUAAUUAUGAAUUAAAAAGAAAUACAUCAGAAUUUGAUAACUUUAAUUUUAAUAAUUUAAUACAUAUUUAUAAAAAUUCAUACUUUCAAAAUAUUGUUGAUAAAUUACAAUUGAAUUUAAAAUUUAUUGAUAAUAUUUUAUUUACUUUAGAUAAUAUAUUAAAAAAUAAAAAAACUAAAAAAAAAAAAUUUCUUAAUUAUUUAUGUGUAAAAGAUCAAAAGUUAGAUGAUAUAUGUAACUCUAUAGAUAAUCUAAAAAGAAAUAUAAAUAAAUAUAGAAAAACAUUUCAUUAUUGUUUGAAUUUUAAUAAUAUAAAAAAUGUUAUUAUGCUUACUUUAGAAGAAAUGAGUAUGAGUUCUGAUAAAUUAGAAUUAAAUAAAUUAUUAAAUGAGUAUUUAAAUAAACUAGAAAGUAGAGGACAAUUAAAAAAAAGACAAAAAAAAAUAAAUAUCAAAAUUAUUGAUAAUAAUAUUAUUCUUGAUACAAAUAAUAUAAAAAAAGAAAGAGAAAGAGAAAAACGAAAAAGUGUAGAAAAUUUUUUAAAUAAAAAAAAAUUUCUUAAAUCAUAUAUGGAUAUGAAUGAUAUAUCAAAUCAUUUAAUAGAUAAAAGAAGAAAUAAAAGUAUUAAAAUGGGAACAACAAACACAAAAAACCAUAGAAAAACUAGUAGUAAUGUAACUAAUAGGAAUCGUAGUCGUAGUAUAUUAUCUAGUUCAUUUUUAGAAAAAAAAGAAACAAACAAAAAAUUUUCAAUGAAAAGUCAAAAGAAAUAUAGUGAACAUGUGAACACUAAUAGGUCUUAUAUAAAAAACGGUUCACAUACAAAUAAUAAAUUAAGUAUUUGUAUGGAUAAUAAUAAAAAUGAUGAUAUAAAUAAAAGCUUUAUCAUAAAUGAUAAUACAAAUCGUGCUUCCAUAACUAAUAAUAGUUAUUAUCAUAAGAAUAAUAGAAAAUAUGAACAUAUUUUAAAUGAUAAAAAUGAUAUGUUAGAAAGAUUAAGUAGGAGAAGUCAUAAUUAUUAUUCAAGUAGUGAUGAUAACAAAAGUGAUAAUUAUAAUAUAAAUGAUAAUAGUGAUUAUCAUUAUAAUGAUACAGAUACGGAUGAAGAUAAUGAGAAUUCUAGUGAUAAUUACAAAAAAGGUGGUGAUCCAAAUGGUAACAAAUUAAAUAAUAAUAAUAAUAAGAAGAAGAAACAAAUGAAUGAACUCAUUUUUAAUAGUGAAUAUCAUACAGAAAGAUUAAUAUUUUUUUUCAAUUUAUUAAAUGGAAAUAAUUUAUUUUAUUAUUUAUCAUUACAUUAUUUAGUCAAGAAUGAAAAGAUUAUGGAAAUAUUACAUUUUUUACCAUUAAAAUAUUUAUUGGACUUAUUAAUAUUAUAUGAUUUAAAAGAUUAUAUUAAAUUUAAAACUAUCAUUAGAGUGUUCAGAAUUAUUUAUGAAUUUCAAGAUUUUUCUCCAAUUUUAAGAGAAGAUAUAUUUUUUAAUAAAAAUAAUUAUUGUUUAGAAAAUGCAGAUUUUAUGAAUUAUGAAUUUUGGUGUACAUUUUUAACAGUAAAUAAAAAAGACCUUUCUCCCAAAAAAGCUUAUGAUGAUGAUAAUUAUAAUAGUAUUUUUAUGGCUCUUAAACAAACAGCUAUAAUAUAUAAUAAUAUGAAUGAUAAAAAAGAAGACGAUUUUGAGGAAUUAAAAAAAAGAGAUGAUUAUUCAAAUGAUGAUGAUAAUAAUGAUCAUAAUAAUAAUAGUAAUUAUUAUAAUGAUGAGAAAUAUCUCCAUAUGGAUCAUAAUUCUCAUGAUGUAAAGAAACAUGGAUUUUUUGUAGAUUUAAUAAAAAGAGUAUUUUCUUUAUUUAAUUUUUCAAAUACAUUAAAAAGCUAUCCUGUUUUAUUAAAAGAAUUGUUACAAAAAUUAUUAAUAAAUAUUAUUGGAAAACAUAGCUGUAUAAAUGAUAAUAAAAAUUAUAAAGGUUAUAAUAGUAUCAAAUAUUAUGCUUUAAAAUUUGUAUAUAAUAAUUUAAAAAAUUUAACAUUCGAAUGUAAUACUUCUUCAUAUUAUAGUUAUACUAUAAACAAUCAAACAGAAUUAUAUAAUAUUAGUAUACAUAAUUUUAUAUUAUAUCAUAUAUAUGAAUUAGGUAUGAGAACGAAAGAACUUAUUAUAAAAAGUUCAUGUUUUAAAUUAAUAAAAUAUUUAUUAACUGAAUAUUAUUAUUAUCCAGAUAUAUUUAAUGAAAAAUGUCAUGAAUUAAUUAAUUCAGAUAUUAAAAUAAAUAAAUUUUAUAUUAAAAAUGUUAUAUUAGAUUUUGUCUCAUUCAAUAUUAUGAUAUGUCAUCUUCAAAGAGAGUUAACAUCAGAUUUGAAUGUAUUAAAUAAUUUAGAUUUAUUUAAUUAUUCUAUAAAAUCUAUAGCAAAUUAUUUAAUAGGUUAUAAAAAUAAUUCUUUCUUUUUCUUGAUUGAUAAAAAAAUGGUAAAAACAUUAUUAAUCAAAUUAACAUUUAUGAUGCCUUUUAUAUAUAAAUUAAAAAUACCUGCAUGUGUUAUUAGACUUUAUAUACGUGUUAUUAAAUCUUUGGAUAAAGAAAUUUUAGAUACUAUACACAAUUCAAACAAAAUAGAUCUCAUAUAUGAUAGUUUGUUUUAUAUUAUUGUAAGUCACUUUAUAUAUUUCUUUUUAAAUAUGAACAUUGAACUCGAUGAGGAAGCAUCCAAUAUUUUAUCAUGUAAUAAUUAUAAUAAAGGUGCCUUCCCAAAAAAAUUUGAAAAAAAUGACAAUUAUAUUAAAAUUACGAAUGACACAUCUGAGGAAAAAGAAAAUGGAAAUUCACAAGAGGAUGAAGAGCAACUUUCUUGUAGAAAUAUUAAUUCAUUUGAAAAAAGUAUUGAUGACGAAGAAGAUAAAGAUAAUAAGAAGAAAGGAAAAGGUAAAUUUUUAUGUAUUGACGAUGAGUUCAAUUUUGAGAAGAACGAGCAAAGUGAAAUGGAUCAAGAAAACGAAAGAGAUGAACCCACUGCAGAACAUAAAAGUGAAGAUAGUAGAAGUGAUAAUGAUGAUAGUCAAAACAGUGACUAUAGUAAUGAUAGUAAUGAUAGUAAUGAUAGUAAUGAUAGUAAUGAUAGUAAUGAUAGUAAUAAUAGUAAUAAUAGUAACAAUAGUAAUAAUAGUAAUAAUAAUAGUAGCAAUUCAAACAGCCACAAUGAAGAUUUAUCGAAAAAUCAAAUAAAUGAUGAUAUAAGUGCAAAAAAUUUUAAUAAAUUAUCAGAUGUAUUAUAUAUAAGAAAAAUAAUAAAUGAAAACAGUAAUUUUAAUUUAGAAAAUAAUUAUUUUAUAAAUUAUUCAUUAUAUAUUCUUCAUAAAGAACAUUAUUCUAUAUAUGUAUUCUUCUCAACGUUUUUUAAAAAUGCCUUAAAAGAAUACAAUGAAAUAUGUAAAAGUCAAAAAGUUUAA